AUGUCUGCCAUGCGGCAAAAGUUGGUUAUGGUUGGUGAUGGUGCAUGUGGGAAGACAUGCUUGCUGCUUGUGUUUAGCAAAGACCAAUUCCCUGAAAAUUAUAUGCACACAGUGUAUGAAAACUAUGUGGCAGAUAUUGAAGUGGAUGGAAAACAAGUGGAGCUGGCUUUGUGGGACGCCGCUGGGCAAGAAGGUUAUGAUCGCCUUAGACCCCUCUCCUACCCAGAUACCGAUGUUAUACUGAUGUGUUUUUUCAUCGACUGUCCUGAUAGUUUGGAAAACCUCCGAGAAAAGUGGACGCCAGAAGUGAAGCAUUUCUGUCCCAAGGUACCCAUUAUCAUGGCUGGGAACAAGAAGGAUCUUCGGAAUGAUGAGGCCACCAAACUGGAGCUGGCCAAGAUGAAGCAAGAGCGGGUGAAAACUGAAGAAGGCAAAGAGCUGGUUAGUCGGAUCGGCCCAUUCGAAUAUAAGGAGUGCUCGGCCAAGAACAAGGAGAGCGUGAGGGAGGUUUUUGAAAUGGCUACAAGAGCGGCUUUGCAAGCCAAGCGAAGGAGAAACUCCAAGUGCCUUGUUUUCUGA